CCGGCAGCUGCACUCCCCGGGCGGGGUUCCCGGGCGCGGGUCCGCCUGCCUCGGCCGCGCGCUUCAGUUCUCCGGAUGCGCUGCGGCUUCCUGGGCGUCGCGGGCCGCGGCUGGGAGGUGUCGCUGCGAGGUGACCAUGGAGGCUGGAGGGCUCCCCCUGGAGCUGUGGCGCAUGAUCUUAGCCUACCUGCACCUCCCGGACCUAGGCCGCUGCAGCCUGGUUUGCAAGGCCUGGUACGAGCUGACCCUUAGUCUUGAUAGCACUCGCUGGCGGCAGCUAUGCCUGGGCUGCACCGAAUGCCGCCACCCCAACUGGCCCAACCAGCCGGACGUGGAGCCUGAGUCUUGGAGGGAGGCCUUCAAGCAGCAUUACCUUGCCUCGAAGACAUGGACCAAGAAUGCCCUGGACUUGGAGUCCUCUGUCUGCUUUUCUCUGUUCCGCAGAAAGAGGGAACGACGUACCCUAAGUGUCGGGCCAGGCCAUGAGUUUGACAGCCUGGGUAGUGCCUUGGCCAUGGCCAGCCUGUAUGACCGAAUUGUGCUGUUCCCAGGGGUGUAUGAGGAGCAAGGCGAAAUUAUCCUAAAAGUGCCUGUGGAGAUUGUAGGCCACGGGAAACUGGGCGAGGUGGUCCUGCUAGCCAGCAUUGACCAGCACUGCUCCACCACCCGCCUGUGCAACCUCAUCUUUAUGCCGGCCUGGUUCUCACCCAUCAUGUACAAGACCACAUCAGGUCAUGUCCAGUUUGACAACUGCAACUUUGAGAAUGGGCACAUCCAGGUCCAUGGCCCAGGCACCUGCCAAGUGAAGUUUUGUACCUUCAAAAACACCCAUGUCUUUCUGCACAACGUGCCCCUCUGUGUCCUGGAAAACUGUGAAUUCGUGGGCAGCGAAAACAACUCUGUGACUGUGGAGGGCCACCCAUCAGCAGAUAAGAACUGGGCCUACAAGUAUCUACUGGGUCUUAUCAGGUCCUCUCCCAGCUUGCUCCCCACAGAGGACUCUGACUUUUUAAUGUCCCUGGACCUAGAGAGCCGGGAUCAGGCCUGGAGUCCCAGGACCUGCGACAUUGUCAUUGAGGGCAGCCAGAGUCCUACCGUCCCUGCCUCUUGCUCCCCAAAGCCAGCCUCCAAGGCUGGCUCGCAGGAGGCAGAGGUGGGCAGCGAUGGAGAAAGGGUAGCCCAGACCCCAGACAGCAGCGAUGGAGGCCUGAGCCCCAGUGGAGAGGAUGAGGACGAGGACCAGCUCACAUACAGAUUGUCCUACCAAGUGCAGGGCCCACGCCCUGUCCUGGGGGGCUCUUUUCUGGGCCCACCAUUGCCCGGAGCAUCCAUUCAGCUACCCAGCUGCCUGGUGCUGAACUCCCUGCAGCAGGAGCUACAGAAGGACAAGGAAGCCAUGGCACUGGCCAGCUCUGUGCAGGGCUGCCUGAUCCGCAAGUGCCUCUUCCGGGAUGGGAAAGGCGGUGUCUUCGUCUGUUCUUAUGGCCGAGCCAAGAUGGAAGGAAACGUCUUCCGGAACUUGACUUACGCAGUGCGGUGCAUACAUAAUAGCAAGAUUGUCAUGCUCAGGAAUGACAUCUACCGCUGCCGGGCAUCAGGCAUCUUUCUUCGCUUGGAGGGGGGAGGUUUGAUUGCCGGCAACAACAUCUACCACAAUGCAGAGGCUGGUGUAGACAUCCGGAAGAAAUCCAAUCCACUCAUCCUGUGUAACCAGAUCCACCAUGGCCUUCGCUCUGGCAUUGUUGUCCUUGGCAACGGGAAAGGCGUCAUAAGAAACAACCAGAUCUUUUCAAAUAAGGAGGCUGGCAUUUAUAUCCUGUAUCAUGGAAAUCCAAUAGUGAGUGGGAACCACAUCUUCAAGGGGCGUGCAGCUGGCAUAGCCGUAAAUGAGAACGGCAAGGGCCUCAUCACAGAAAAUGUCAUCCGUGAAAAUCAGUGGGGAGGCGUGGACAUCCGCCGUGGAGGGAUCCCUGUUCUCAGGAGCAACCUCAUCUGCUUUGGCUACUCGGAUGGUGUGGUUGUGGGCGACGAAGGCAAAGGACUGAUAGAAGGAAACACCAUCUAUGCUAACAAGGGCUGUGGUGUGUGGAUGAUGUCAUCUAGCCUGCCCCAUGUCACCAGCAACCACGUGAGCUACAAUGGCCUGUAUGGAGUGGCAGUCUUCAGCCAAAAGGACGGCUCCAGUGAGUUCCCCGGAGGUCACGGGGCCCAGGAAAACUUCAGCGAGGAUGGGGACGCCAUCCUGUGGGAGACAGAGCUGGAGAAGGAGGAUGACCCGCUGCGCCGGCCUGUCACCGUAGCUCUCAUAGAGUCGAACAGUAUUAAUCACAAUGGAGCCUCCGGAGUGUACGUCCAGAGCAGCGAGGCCCUGCACAUCGUCACCAACGUUAUCCAUGCCAAUGGGGACAGAGGCAUCACUGUAGCCCAGAGCAGCCAGCUCACCCGUGUCACCAACAACAGCAUCUCCUGCAACCGCCAGAGUGGGGUCAAGGUUGAGGCCCAGUGUAAGGUGGAGCUCCGGGGCAAUGGUAUCUAUGACAACAGAGGCCAUGGCAUCAUUACCAAGGGUGACAGCACUGUUGUCAUCGAAAAUGACAUCAUUGGCAACCGGGGCAGUGGGCUACAGUUGCUGCCCAGGUCUGACACUAAGGUAAUAAAGAACCGGAUCCACUCAUUCCGGGCCUAUGGCAUUGCAGUGCGGGGCCAUGCCAAGGCCCUGGUGCAGGAGAACAUCAUCUUCCAGGGCAAGACCAACAAGACCAUCUUUCAGCAGAUCUCAAACAACCGAGACUGCAUUAUGGAGAACAACAAGUUCCUGGUCUUCAAAAAAAAGUCUGAUACGUGGUGCCUGGUAAACCCACCAGCACGGCCUCAUCUUGAAAACUCUCUCAGGGGCCCAUCAGCGGCCCACAGUGGGCAGAAAGUGGCAGCCAUGGCAACCAGGAUCACAGCUCGUGUGGAAGGUGGUUACCACAGCAACCACAGCAUCUUCUGCACCAUCCUGUAAGGAUGCAGACCUGCCUCUGAAGAGCUAAGGGUCAAAGGCCCUCAGGAUAGAAGCAGUGCCUGAGAAGACUCCUGGUCCAUUGCUCCUCUUGGAAAAACAGGUCCCUGGCCUCCUGGGGACUCAAAACAAGGUACCUCCAAAACGUUUCAGCUCCACAACCCUCAGCAGGAACUUGGAAGCACUUUGGAAGGAGAAAAGGGCAUGGAAGUUGGAGAGCUUCUGGUUAUUCUAACAGUUGGUAGAUUAUGAAGAGUUGGGGAAACUCAAACAUAUGUGAAACUUUGGGGUCAGGCCUCUUAGAAUUACAGGGAACAUCAUCUAACACAUACCAAACCCUCACUCUUCUCAGGAAAGAUAUUUGCUUCUGAGGAAGUGAUUGGGGUAGAGAGAACUGCUGCCCCAGAACUAGCCCCUUGUUUGGUCCUGGCCCUCCCUUGAUCCUUGCAGAGACUGCACCACACUUGAAUUGGUUUUCUUAAGGACACAGUUCUCCUAGACUGGGAUAUAGUCCUACAAGCAAGGGGAAAGGCUGUCCCAGGGAGAAGGGGACAUGAUACAAACAGUGACAAAGGGCUUCCUCAAACAUCGGGCAGAUGCAGGCUGGGUGGUUCAGGAAUGUGUGAAGCUCCAGUCCUCAAGGAGCUCCUGAGCUCAAGACAUUAGCUUGGUGCCUGCUGCAGGGCCCAGAGCCUGUGUGAGCACACCCACACCAGCUGCCCCUCCAGUUCCAGCCUUUCCAGAGGGAGGUGCCCGGGCCCUUGGUGCAUCCCCAUUCUCACGGGUAUGUCCUGCCUUUACUACCCCUGUGUCCCUGACUCCGUGCCUUGACUCAAGCUUUCCUUACUGCUCACCUUUCUCCGCACAUCUGUGUGUGCUGGUCCCAUUCAUUCUGCAAAGUUUAGCUCACACACUGCCAUUUUUAUACGGCUGUCCCCUCAUUCCAGAUGACAGUGCUGUCCUGAACCUCAGUCACACUUCCUCUGCUUCCUCAGGGCACUGAGCACUUUCUGCUUCCUUUUGAAAUGAUCUGGGGAUCUGUACCUUGUCCCACCCACUUGCCUACAAACUCUCUGAGGUGAUAGUACUGUCUGUCCCCAGGUCCCAGCCUGCAGACAUGAGGUAGGUGGCCUCAGGCAGGAGAGGAAGGCUAGCUCCCACAGGGUUCUACCUACCUGCACUGUGAACGUAUCAGGAUUGCAGAGCCAGGUGAGCUGGGACCCUACUGCUUGAGGAAGUCCAGUCUGAAUGACUUCCUUCCCACUUGGCCUUUCAUGUGGGGCCUCCACCAGCCUGCUGGGGUCACUGUCCUGCAUUUGGCCAGGCUGGUUCUUUAAGGCCCUAGGUGCUGCUCCACUGGGUGGGUGGGAGGGAGACAGAGGAAGUGAGCUCUGGCUUCUCCGAGGACCUUGGACACAGGGUUGGUCCCUCCCAGCCCCAGCACUGUUCUUUGCACUUGUUUGGUGGCCUCAAUGUGAGUUGCUGUACAAAAUGCUGCCUUUGUAAUUUUGUAAGAAAUGACUUUCUGUGAACCAAGAACUUAUGAAAAUCUCAGUAACUAAAUAAAGUUCUAUAUUUUAAAGGA